GGCUGCCUUGUGCCUUCAGUGUCUCUUCUGAAGCCAUAGCACCACCACCGUCAUGAACCGAUCCCUUGCCUCCCUCCUCCUCCUGGCUAGCCUGGUGCUCGCUAAGCCAACUUUAGUCCCGAACUACGGUCUUCCUGCGCCACCGGUCUACCCAGUCGCGCCGCCCAAGUACGCCUUCGAGUACGCCGUCAACGACCCUCCCGCCGGGAACCAGUUCGGCCACUCGGAGACCCGCGACGGCUACAGGACCGACGGCGAGUACUUCGUCCACCUCCCCGACGGCCGCGUCCAGACCGUCACUUACUACGCCGACCAGACAGGUUACUACCCUACAGUGCACUACAAGGGUGCGGCUGUUUACCCAACCGCCCGCGCCUACCACGCCCCCGCCCCCGCCUACCACGCCCCCGCCCCCGCCUACCACGCACCGGUCUAUGGCCACCAUUAAACUAGCUUCACCGAGUGUCACCAUUCGAAUGCACGGCGGAAAAAUACAACUGUAAAUUGUACAUGAUGAUAACAAUAUGAAAAACACAAAUCAUCACCGUAGUAACUACGAUGGUCAAGCUAUUCCAUCCACUUUGUGCAACUACACUGGAUUUCCAGAAACAAACAUGUCACAAUAAGCAUACAGCUGGUAGAACACUUGGCAUAACAUAAAUGGAAAUAAAACAUCGGAUGAAA